AUGUGGCAUUCGAAUCCUGUCCCUGUCAGAAGCUCCUGUUCAGUGUGGCAGAGACGAGCAUGUUCCUCACACAACCUAAAACGGCCCGGAUUAAUCUUGAAGCAAUCCGACAGUGCCCAACUGGGUUUGGAUUCCGAUACACAGCAUGGUCAAGGAAACAUAGCACAACACAACACAUUGCACUACGACGACUCGCAAAGUACGGAUACGCUGGGGUAUAAACAAAGGGAGUGCCCCUCGUCCACCGCUUCACCAUUCCGGCUUCAUUCCUCGCCUAUCAGAAGCCUAACACCCUCGCUCUCCCAUUUCUCGGGGCACCCACUGAGCCGAUAUCCUAUCCCAUGGAUGAACGACCAGGGUAGCACCGUUUCUUGGGUAUGUACAUACGACUCCUACCUCGUUUAUUCGCUAAGUUACUUGCCCUUCCUUGCCUACAUCCCCUAUUCCACCGUCGCGAGGCUUCAACAGCAAUCUGCCCUCGGCAGGUAUCUUGGGUGUGCUUCUGCAUUCCCUCCACUUUAUGCCCAACCUAAAGGGUACAUCUUGCAGAGAACCCCUCCAAGGGCCUCUAGCCUCCCCUCUGGGUCCGAGGAAGAGAGUACCGCUGCCGCGUCUCCAUUGCAUGGAUACCUCUCACCCAGGUAUUUGGUAGAACCUGGCGCCCCGCUCCAAUGGCAACCUGGGAGCCCAGGGCGCCCACCUCAGAGGCCUGCUAGCACUGGGGUGAAAGUACCGCUACGGUGCAAACCUCAACCUCCUUCAAGCAUUUAG